CACUGUUAUAAUCUCGCGAUAAUACCAGCUCUUUUAUAUCGCACCGCAAUCGCUCGGCCGAACCGAAUACCAUCGAUUUCACAUGGCCUUAGCGUAUCUAGCGUAGCGUACAGUCAAUUCAAGAUCAACGGUGGUUUACGGUAAUAGUCAAUCAGUGAUGCAAAGCAAACUCGUGGGAUUAGAUCGCCGUUUCAGCGAGCAGGAAUUGUGAAAUAUGUCCUAGAUAUUCCCUACAAUUUGUACAAAAGGAAUCGGAUAGUAGUCAGUUUCGGAAUUUUAUCUUUUCGUCAAACCUUGACUUAAACUGACCCGGAUAUCCUCCGUGAAUUUGAUCAAUCGACGAGAAACUCUUCACUGAAUUAUUACGUAACCACUUCCCCCCUCAACGGGGUGUUGACUAAUACCAUGGCGAAAGAAAUACACCGUCAAUAAACGAGCUCCGCACUUGAAGCGUCGGCGCGACCAUGAAACUCUCGAUGUCGCUGAACACAAUGUGUCACUUACACGACGGAAGGAUAAAUCUGUCCUUCUGGCGUGCGUAUAUAAGGCGAUAACGCUGACGAACGGAUACAACAGUGUCAGACAAAUCGGUCACGAGACGCAAUAACGAUUAUUAUCCGGCGUAGUGUUUACGAGGCCGAGGGAUUUGGUUAGCAUGAUUGCGAGUUUAGUGAUGGUCAUUCUGUUGGUCGGUAUACGCGACAAUGGUGCGUCAUCAGCGAGAACAGCACAUAUGACGGUCUCUAAGAUGAGAAUAUCCGAUCUCGAGACCUCCGCAAGCGGAUACGCGUACAAUCAACAAGGAGCUCUUCCGGCCUCGUAUAUGCGGUAUACCAAUCACGGAAGCGGACGUUACUACCAUGCACCGGCGUCAGUGCAUUACAUCGUCGGCAGUCCUGCACCUGUUGCGCCCGCCGUUUCUGAAACUGCGUCGUCGCACGAACCCGUUCUGCUCGCGUAUGCGACUGCGAAGCACGAAAUUGCACCGUACGUAGCGCGCCAGCCUUACCCGCGCGAUGGAUUCAUUAAUUAUAGCGAGGCCCAAUUAGCGAAAUACGCGCAACCGCUUGAGCCGCCUAAACUGGCUGCACGUGCGCCAUAUUAUGCACCUAAUGCAUUUAAACCGCGCGAAACGGAUAAAAAUAUUGAUAAGAGGAACGACGAUGGGGAGAAUGAGAGCGAUUAUGACAACGAUGAGGACGGCGACGGCGAUAAAAAAGAAGAAAGAGAUCACGUGCCUGAGAAUCACGACAAAGCAGUUGAUUUUAUAGCAACCCAUCCUAUUCACGGCCUCGACAACUCUCGUUCAGAUAUCGACGUUUCGUUUGAACGCGGUGAAAAGUAUUCGGCCGCGCAGAAUUCCGCUCAUGGAGAAAAGGGCGACAAAGGGUACAACAAACGAAUAGAAUUUGACGUGGGUGAACGCGGACAGCAUGAUAAAAGCAGGCAGCAAGAAUAUUAUGAUACCGAAAUUGGACAUAGGAAAGGGCAUAGCGACGUAGCCGGAAAUUAUGGACGCUAUGAUGAAAGUGAGAUUGGUGAGAAGGGUAGCAGCUAUGGGCGGACGUCGUACCACAAAAAGGGACAAAAAACCAGUGGCUUUCAUAAAGUCUAUCACAAGGACGAAUAUAAAAAACAUACCGAUUUCUAUGACGAGAACCACAAAAAAGGUUAUUUCGACAAGCACUCCGUUGCCGAUGAGCACCAUAAUGCUGUCAAAGACGAUUUCAAGAAAGGCGGACAUCAUGAAUCCGGAUUUAAUAAUGAAAAUAGUGGGAAAAACAAGUUUUAUGACAAAGGGCAUAAAGAGAAUCGCGAUCAGGGUUAUAAUAAGGAAAAGGGUGAAAGUACUUUUCAUAAUAAUUAUAAAAAUUAUGACUCCGAUGAAGAUACGCAUUUAACUAAGAAGCAUAAGUACGACAAAGUUGAGUGACAUUAACUCAUGUUGCUGAACAUUUAAUAUUAAUGUAAUUUUACCUAAUGCUGUUUUAUAUUGUCAUUUGCAACGUGCAAUAAAAAAAUUUUAUAUUUACAUUUUUACAAUGUAGAUUUUUACUGUAUGUAUGUUGAGAAUAAUGUUUGCUCUUCAUAAUUCGUAAAUUAGAUUAUUAUCCAACAUUAUAAGAAUAAUCAUCAAAAACACAUUUGAGAUUAAUACUAUAAUAUUGAGAAAUUAUAAUUAUCUAAUGAUAUAUAAUAC